AUGGGUCAACAAAACAAACGUUCAAGCCUUUCAUUGGAUGAGAAGGCUUUAAACCUAUUCAGCGUUGGUAUCGAUACCAGUAGCAAGAUGCAGCAACAACAACAAUACGAGAAACGAAUUCAAUCAACGCCAACUCCAACAGACUACCAACAAGAAGGACGAAGACGUUCCAAAUCCAGCCUUCCAGCUGUAACAUUGACUAAAACUCAAGAGAAACAACCACAAUUAAAAGGAUACAUGAAAGGUAGAAGACCUAGAAAGGAUUCACCUGAAGGAGAAGCAGAUCAAGCCCAUUCGGAUGACACCGCUCGAAACCAAGUCAACAACUCGACUUGUUCAGCUGCCAUCAUACAACAACCCCCAACCAAGAAGCGAUCCACUGUCCAUAAACUCUUCAAGAAGAGUAUCAAGAAUCAGAACUCUCCUCCAUCGCACUCUCCAUCUCUCCCUUCUGCUCUUGAUGAAUUGGCCAAGACCAAACAACGAGAGUAUGUGAUGGGAUCCUACAUUCAUGCACAAACAGGUUCAUUGCGAAGGCAAGCAGCGAAUAAGAAGCAGCAAGCUACCACCACCACCAUCUCGCAUCAACAACAACAAUACAACUCGGAGCGAUUGAGAAGCAAAUCUGCUCCAGUCAUUUACUCUUCAGAAAAGAUCCAAGUGGUGGGAGGACAAUUGCAACGACGAGAUGAAAUGAAUGAUCCUCUUCCUGAUGUAUAUAUUACUCUUACACCUCCACCUCCUGAGGAGAAUACACUCACCAAAAACAAGUAUCAGAGUCCAUACAUUGUUGUCAUUCCUGAGGAUGAUGUUGAUGAAGCUGUAUCACCCUCAUCUUCGGCGUCAUCCACAACUUCAUCUACAAAGAGUUUGGAUGAAGAGCCUUAUCUCAUUGUUCUCGAUGAACACACUACGUAUGUUGAGAGGCCAUUAACCAAGAAAGUAGGUCCAAUCAUCAAAAAGAAGAAGGAAAAGCUUAGAGAAAUGGUUCAAUUGUAUUACCUCCAAAGAGAAGAGCUUGUAGCCAAAACAAGGAGAGACUUGAUGCCAAGAAGUGGUAGAAGACGAUAA